CGGCGCACUGAUAGACCCAAGGGCUAUCUCCCUUCUACAGACAUUUGAUAAAAUCAGGAACUUCACAUACAACUCGGGAAGAAGUUCACCUCAGAACCUAUUAGGGCAAACUAUGAAAACUUGUUAGGGUCCUUCUCCUAUCCUGAGAUCCAUCACUGCAAAGGGACUUCACAGAGUCCAAGGAUCUCGCUUUUCUCCUGUUUUUGUUUUGUUUUGUUCCUUUUUUUUUUUGUUUGUUUCAUGUGAUGUUUUUCAAGUCAGUUAUUCUGGAUAUUUGAAAACUGAAUUAAGAAAAAUUCACUCAGAAGUUGGCUGAAUGUUGCAAGCUUGCAAAAUGGAAGGAUUUCCCCUCAUUCCCCCUCCCUCUGAAGAUAUGGUACCCUAUGAGUCAGACCUCUACCGACAGCCCCAUGACUAUUACCAAUAUCUCAACAGUGAUGGAGAGAGUCAUGGUGAUCAUUACUGGGAGUAUCAUCCACACCACAUACACAAUGAGUUUGAGACCUUUGGAGACAAUCACUUCACAGAACUGCAGAGUGUACAGCCUCCCCAGCUGCAGCAGCUGUACAGGCACAUGGAGAUCGAGCAAAUGCAUGUCCUGGAUUCCACAAUCCCACCCACACACAUCGGACUCAACCACCAGGUGUCCUAUUUGCCCAGGAUGUGCCUACAGUACUCCUCUCCACCGCAGCCCAGUUCUGAUGAGGAGGACAUGGAGAGGCAGAGCCCUCCAUUGGAGGUAUCAGAUGGAGAGACUGAUGGUGUGGACCCAGGGCCUGGAAUUAUGCCUGGAGAAACAGGCAGCAAGAAAAAGAUACGUCUAUAUCAGUUCCUUCUGGACCUUCUUCGCAGUGGAGACAUGAAGGACAGCAUCUGGUGGGUGGACAAGGAAAAAGGUACUUUCCAGUUCUCCUCCAAACACAAAGAAGCAUUGGCUCAUCGCUGGGGUGUCCAGAAAGGCAAUCGCAAGAAAAUGACCUACCAGAAGAUGGCACGGGCUCUGAGAAACUACGGCAAGACAGGAGAGGUCAAGAAAGUCAAGAAGAAGCUGACCUACCAGUUUAGUGGAGAGGUCAUGGGAAGGGGGGCCACUGAGAGGAAGCAUUAUCCUCACUGAGGCCAUGGGACCCUAAGCAAGAAAAAUAUUAAGACCUCCUGGCUGGAUACCAGCAGAGGAGAUGGACGCAUCUUUCUCUUUGCUUCCUGUGCCCCCUUCUCUGCCUUUAAACGGCCUUUACCGUCAGAUGUUUCUGGUACGAAUUCCCUUCUUCAGCAUCUGAGAAUCCUAAACGUGACAGAAUUCUUUGCUUCCAUCCUACAAAUUGGACAGAGUUGGGAAAUUUUAACAAUGUACAAAUAUAUUAUUGUCAGGAAAGAUUUUUGGUUUUUGAUUGUAUUAUAACUCAAGAAUACAGCUGAUGAAGUUUUGCCUUCAAGAGGUGGUGCUGUGUCAUUCACAGUGACACUGCAUUAGCUUACAGCUUUCAAACUAGCAUUAAUAACAGGCUCUGCCGCAGCUCUCAAAGCUAGAGAGAAGUUUGCAGAUCUUGGAAUGAUACUCGUUCUUUUAAAUAGUAAUAACAUGUACAUAUUUAAUAAAAUUUGAUACAAUGAA